AUUAUUGAUUAUUAUGCUUUUUAUGAUUAUUAUGUGGGUAUUCUAGAUACACAUUUAUAUAGUUGCAUGAUGAAUAUGGAAUAUUGUGCUAUUAUGAUUAGAAAGGUUUUAUGAUUACAUAUGUACAACUUGUAGGGAUUAGAAUGUUAAUAAUACACUGCAUUUGGUAAAUCUUUUUGGCCUACAAUCAGGUUGAAAUCCCUGAAAAUAUUGCAGGUUGAAAUCCCUGUCAAAGCUCUGAGGUUUUUACUGAUGACCAGAUGUGGUGUCAAUUUGGCAAGGGCUUAGCAAUAAUUCAAGUAAUUUGUUGGAACCUUAUUGGCCCCAACAAGGGGGGAUAUGUGGUAGAAAUUAACCAUUACUUUUGUAUUAACUAUGAGUAUUAUCAGGCCUAUAUACCAAGGCAUAAACAUUAAUAGUGGAAAAGUAGAGAAACCACCUCUGGACCCAGAGCAAUGGCCUAAUAAGGCGCCAAAGACUUUGGGGCCCAGGCUACGGACAUCCUCCCAUUAUUUACAUUAACUACAGGAGAUGAGCACAUACGUAAGGGAAUGUAAGGCUAACUUUCCAUACCGUGUAAGGCCAUUUUGAACAUAUACCAGGACGGUCGUAUAACAUGCAUGACAGCUCGGUUGAGGUGGAUAAGAGGGACUGGGAUCGGAGCCCCAGUCAGUGUGUCUUUUGCAAAAUCACAUGCUCGGCUCUGUUGUACCUAUUUUGUGGGUAACAAUAAAGUCUUUGUCAUUACUUUUUCCGGACUCCCCGAUUUCUAUUGCUCAUAGCUAGUUGAAGUAAAUUAGAUAAGUCGUUAACAAAAAUUGCAACUACAAAGGUGACUUAGUGAAAAUCAUGAAUCAACUUGAUGACAGUUCUUCUUCCUCCCUGAGUAGGACUGAGUGCAUAUUUGUGCUAUACUAUCUUGAGGCAAUUGUCAUACUAAGACACUGCCAACGGCCAUGUGUGGUGCAGAGCAUGAAGGUCAAGGAAUGGCUUGAACGGAAACACGCAGAUGAUGAUUCAAUCGUUUUUGUAAAGGACCACAAGACGGCUGCACAUUUUGUGGUCUCAAUUGUCCUGUCCAAGAAGGAGGAGGCGUGGUUUGAGAAAUAUUACACCAAAGUGCGGCCACAGCUCCUUGCUGGCGAAAGGAAACGUAAGCGAGAUGAGCAGGAUGAGAAGGAUGGAGAUGAUUUUUUCUUUGUGUCCUCCCGCGGUAAGCCAAUUUACAAUGCAGCUGGUGAUCUGAUAAAGCUCCAGCAAAAGUGCAACGUCCCCCAGGUGAGCAGCCAGGUUGUACGGAGGGUAUUUGAGACAGCAGCUAACCGCCUGGAUGACCCUCAGAAGAAAGCAGUUUCUGACUACCUGGCCCAUUCUGGCACAACAGCUGACAAACAUUGCAGGAUGAAAUCUCUUGAAUCCAUUGUGAUGGCUGCUGGUCUGCUGAAGAAAUUACAGAAGCAGAAGAAGUCAAGUGCUGGGCCUUCCGGAGAAGGGACCCGUCAAGAGGCUCUUGGAGAAGGGACCAGCCCUCAGUCAGUGGAGUCUUCCAGCCAUGGUGACCAUUGUGCUCUCCCUCAGCCUUCCUUGAGACAGCUAGUGAUCGAUUUAGAGAGGAUUCCUGAGGGAAAUGACAAAGUCAAAUUCCACGAGGCAUUCAAGUCCCUCUUGGAAAACCACCCUGUGACACUGAGUGGUCAAAUCCCAAAAGUGAGAAUCCGCAGGGACACCUCGGAGGCCAAUCAGCGGAAGCUUUACACACACUGGGCGCAAAAGCAAUUAGAAAUGCGUGUAAAACACACCCGUGAACAAUUCAAUCGGAGGAGGCCAACGAAAGAGCGUGUCGACACAUGGGUCAAAAAGCAGGGAUGGAAGUGCAAGGCUGCCAACAUCAGCACUGAGGUUGUGGAGAACUGGGCAGCAUCUGGAUCUGAGGACCGCAUCAUGGACAACAAACGGAUCCAGACAUUGGUGAAAACACAAGACUGGAAAGGACUGCACAUCACACAGUUUGAAGAGAAGGGCGAUGGGAUCAUUACAACCCGCACUUUUAAGAAAGGCCAGGUUGUAUGUGAUUAUCAUGGGCCUGUUGUUAGUGGAAAGGAGGGCGAGAACAUACACAAAAACACAACUGGAAAGGAGACUGGAUAUAUCUUCUUUUUCCGGAACAGUAAAGGACAGCCAAUGUGCAUUGAUGCCCACUCAGACAGGUGUCAUUGCCACCCUGACAAGAGAACAUUUGGCAGGCUGUUGAAUCAUUCCAAAAAUAACUCGAACAUCAAGCCCCUGCACUGUGUGGUGGACAAGCAUGGAGAAAUGAAGGAUGUGAUCCUUUUCAUUGCAACCAAGGACUUGCCAGUGGGUGAGGAAGUUCUGUUUGACUAUUGAGUCAACAAAAAAUCUUUUAACAAUGAGGGGUCGGACCUUGACUGGCUCUAGCAGGGCAUCAGCCUUCAGAGACACAUAUGACAUGUCCCUGGUUGGUGAAAUGUUUCAUCUGUGUGUUUGUUUGUGCUGAUGGCUCUUUAAAGGAUAUGGAUGAGGACUCCAAAAUCGUACCAUGACCCGUUUGGUGAGAUGUUUCAUAUGUUUUUUAGUGGAUCAAUUCUUGGCAUGUAUGGAUAAACUUUCUGAAUAUGAUGCGUGGCCUUUGACCUUUGGGGGGUGGUGGGGCGGCGGGUGACUCCUAAAGCUUACAGGGCAUCUGCCUUCAGAGACACAUAUGACAUGUCCCUGUUUGGUGAAAUGUUUCAUCUGUGUGUUUGUUUGUGCUGAUGGCUCUUUAAAGGAUGGGGAUGAGGACUCCAAAAGCGUGAAAUUACCCAUUUUGGUGAAAUGUUUCAUAUGUGUUUUUUAGUGCUGAUUUUUGUUUUUGUUGUGUAGCUGUUUUGCAACUUGUUCUAGCUUGUGUAACUUAAAUUGAGGUUCUGUGGUGAUAUCCUGUUUCGUAUCUUUAGAGAUAUAUCAAUUAAAAAUCUUAUUAAUUCUA